ACAGAAUACCCUCUCUUUCUACUACAAUCCCUAGCACAACAUCUUCUCAGUGUUCAAAUAGUUUAACCAAACCACAACAAUGUCACAAGCUCUAGCCAACUUCAGCGUCUUUCUCCCUCUGUCAUCUGGGAGAAGAAGAACCAAAAGUGUUGGUGGAGGUCUCACCUUGAAGGCCAUGGCAAAGGAAGCAAGAGACAAUCUCGACCACUUGCAGAGAGCAACCCAACAGCAGAGAGCAACCCAACAUCAAAGCCAACCCAAGAAGAGAGUCGCUCCUACUCCGCCCGUAGGACUAUGGGACCGGUUUCCAACUGCAAGAACAGUUCAGCAGAUGAUGGAGACGAUGGAGAGAAUGAUGGACGACCCGUUGGUGUAUUCGGGUCAGUCCGGCGGGUGGGCUCGGCCGUUGCCGACGGAGAGUGGCGGGUACAGCAGGGGAAGGACACCUUGGGAGAUCAAAGAAGCUGAAACAGAGUACAAGAUGAGGUUCGACAUGCCUGGAAUGACCAAAGAGGAUGUGAAGGUUUGGGUGGAGGAGAAAAUGCUAGUCGUUAAGGCUGAGAAGGCUGCCAAGAAGAAAGAUGGUUCUGGAAUGGAGGAAGAAGAAGAAGGUGAAGAGUGGUCGGCGAAGAGUUAUGGCAGGUAUAGUAGCCGGAUUGCUCUGCCGGAGAAUAUUCAGUUUGAGAAGAUUAAGGCUGAGGUGAAAGAUGGGGUUUUGUAUAUCACUAUUCCUAAAGCUAUGAGCAGCUCCAAGAUUUUGGACAUCAAUGUACAAUGAUAGAAUCACAUGUAGCAGAGGAUUAGGAUUGUGUUUCGCUUAUAUGUGAUUCAAGUUUUGAACUUCUUCGAAGUGUUAUCGGAAUCAAAGGAACGAGUUGCUUUUUAUGUGCUACUAUGUAUCUCUCCACUUCCCUAAUCGUGGGAGUUCUAUGGAAACUUUCACUUUUGAAACGCAAUUGUAAGUUCCAUAAAUAUUAGUCUUUCUCUUGGUGGGCAACACCAUGGUUCUAGCUCUUCCACUCAAUCCUGUCUUAAAGGUGACUUGUUUGUUCCUAUAGUUUUGUGUGUUCUUUUUAUUAAAGAUCACUUCUAUUGUCACAUGUCACAUAAUACUCUUAUGCCUCAAUGACACGUUACAAAAUCUAU